AUGAAUUCAUUUCAGAGGAUCCAUGUUAACAGAAGGAAACAUCUUAAACAUCUCCCUCCAAUACCAGUGAAGCCGACAGUUCAGCGAAAUGCUACAGCACUUAAGUUUGAUGGUUCGAAAUCUUCUCGUGACACAAAUUUACCAACGCAACUAGCAGCCAUUUCAAUACAUUCGGAAACAGCAAUGCUAGUAAAGCUUGAUGAUAAACCAAUGCUCUCUUCAAGAAUGCAUGAGAGAAGUUAUCCGUCGUCAGGAAUAUUACCUAUACAUCCGUUUUAUUUCAUGAGCAUUGAUGAAUAUAAUGAUAUGAAUCAGUUUUAUCGAAAGAUUGAAUGCGAAUCACCGUCUUUACUGUCUAGCGAUCAAGGUUCCCACAUUUCUGGAUACGAUUCUAUUGAUGAAAAUUUUGCCGAUUUCACUCAGUCAACUACGGAUACCGAAAGACAAUCAGCAUCAAGAAAAGUUUAUAUCUGUGUAACCUUAUGA